CGCCCGACGGAUUUUCCGCCGUGGUGGUACUUAUAACGCGCGAUCUCGUCAUCGUCGGCGCGGUUUUACGCAGGUGAUACGCGAUCAUUAGACAGUUUUUGGCUUGAGACUGUCGCGGAAAAGUGCGCCGCGGCGUGUGAUGUGCUGUGUAGCCGGCGAUGCCAACGUCCGAGCUAAAUAAGAAGCUGAUUGCACAAGCGACCAGCUAAAAUAGAAGCCGCGAACAGGCUGCGCGUCAGAGGGCUGGUUAUUAAAAGCGACGCGGAUAAACAUCGUUUGGCGAGAUUAAAGAAAACGAAGAAGCGACCAAAUUGCGCGUGCGUCGAGUGUGUGGUCUAGCGUGGCGGCAGCCUGAAAUUUGAAUUUGGCCGAAUAGCCCAGUAGUGGGCGAGCGAGCCUUAGAGCGCGAGGAGUUAAUCGUCAUCCUACGAUCCGCGCGACUGCAUCGGUUCAUGUGCGUAAACGAAACAGCCCUCGCUAUCGAGCCGGAAAUCACUCGUCGAAAUCUGCUGAAAUUUGGCAACAGUUCCAAAGAGAGAGAGCAGGAGAGCUUUGGUGCACAAUACAUACAAGAAGCGAGCACGCAUCACGAUGACCUACAAGCAUCAUCGGAGCAGACGAAACUUUGAUCAAAAGUUUUGAUCGAUUAUUCGAUUUUACGUCGCCGCGCGGCUAUUGUUCGCGCCUUCUCGCGAGCGAGAAAUUCUGUAUACAGAGGCGCAGAGUCAGCUGCAAACGAGAAAUAUAGUAAGCAGUCUGAUGUGUUAUAACUGCAACGGCGUAGGAUAAGAAUAAGUCAGCACACAGUCCGAGGAGGCGCGAUAUCGAUCCCGGAGGCCUGUUCUCGCUCUCUGCGCCCACUACCUACCUGCCGCUGCUUUAUCGCUCGAUCACUCGAGCCGCUACUCUCUUGCUCAGCGCGCGGAUUAAUUAGGCCCGGCACACGCACGCUGGCGGCGUCGGCGGCCUCUCUUCCGUACACGCCGCUACCGCGCGCGAGAGCAGCAGCAGCAGCAGCAGCCACUGGCGCAUCUACGAAAAUAGAGGCGUUUGUUUGGAUAGCCGGAUCGGAUGGAUAAACUACUAGCGUCGGAAGCAACAGCGAGAGGAAACAUCAGCCAGGAUGACCGAGUCGUCGUCGGCGAGCUGCAGGAGCCGCAGAGCCGUUUAUCCGGUAACCAGGCUGCGCAAGAUCCUGGUCCAGGAGAACGGCAGCGUGCUCGGAAGCGGAAGUAGGAGCGGCAGAAGCUCGCCGGUGCGCAGCACGUCCCCCUCGCCUACCGCCGCCUCGCGUCAGCAGAAGCAGUGCAGUCGCAGCAUCCUCAAACGUGCCACGACCUGCUCAUCGGCGAGCAACGGCAAUAAGUGCGUGUCGUUCGACUCAGCAGCAGCCGCCGCCGCCGCCGCCGCCGCCGCAGCGAGCGCCAGCAGGAGCGGCAACGGCAAACGCCUCCACGAGUCCAAGCUCUACAGGCGGGGCGUUCUCCAGGCCAUCAACUGUUGCGCCGCGGAGCGCAAGAUUCGCAGCAGCAGCGUCGAUCUGCCGGCGAGAAAUCUGCCGUUGUCUUGGGAGGAGUCCUUGGGGGGGCCCCGGGCCCUCCUGGGGGCGGCGCAGGAUGCCGACGACGAGCUCAUCGGCAAGAUUCUCGCGAUCGCCGGCAAGUCCGGUCUCGGCAACAUCGAGCUCAACGCCUGCGACGCCAGCGGAAGGACAGCCAUCAGCUACAUGGCGGGCAACGGGAGCGCGCUCGUGCUCGAGGCCUGUCUGGCGCUGCGCGGCGCCGAUCCCAACCUGCCGGACAACGAGGGCAACACGCCGCUUCACUUCGCCGCCCAGGCCGGCCAGACCGAGUGCCUCAACAUCCUGCUGCAGCGCUGCCACGGCAUCGAGGUCGACGCCAGGAACGGCCUCGGCUUCACGCCCCUCAUGAAGGCCGCCCUCCAGGGUCGCACCAAGUGCGCCAAGAUUCUCCUCUUCGCCGGCGCCAACCCGACCCUGCGCGACCACGGCCGGGGACUGCGCGCCGAGCAGUGGGCCCGCUUCUGCGGCCGCUACGUCUGCGCCGAGGUCAUCGAGAGAUUCGCCCGACACAGGCUCCUCGAGAAGACCACCUCCUGUCGCUGGGGCAGCGAGCCCGAGCUCGCCGCGCAGCUACUCCAGGGCAAGCUCCUGCCCAUCCCGCCAGCAGCUACGCAGCAGCAGCAGCAGCCGCCGCCGUCGACUGGCCUAAAGUCCAAGAUCAGACGAGUCUUCCGUACCUCCUCGAGCUCCUCCCCGAGCUACAAUCUGGUCUCGCAGCUGACGAGCGCGGCGCUCUGCGCCAGCAGUCCCGUCCUGCCGAAGCCCGGCGACGCAGCCGUCUCGCCCGUCGUCAAGAGCCUUCUCCGACCGCUCAGCGUUCCCCAACUAAGGAUAACACUCGUAGCGCCCCAUCAGGACAUGCUCGAGAAAUCAAGCGACAAGUGCGAUCACGGCACGAGUUUCACUGAAAAAAUCGAAAGCACAAUGGCCAAGCCACCAAGAACGAAAAAGAAGAGUAAAUGAGUUCACCAGGCCUACGUAUUAUAUUAUACAGCUCGCGCUCUUAUCUGUAUUUGUUAUAUGUAUAAUUACCGAUGCAUUUCACACGCGGAUACGUGUUACUACGUCUAUAUGCAACCCUGGUCGACUUUGUUUAUCACUUGCGAUAACUAUCGUUAUAUACUGUGUAAUAUGCAGUUGUUAUCAUAUACUCUCGUUAUUACUAUACUGUAUACUCGUUAUGUGUAUAUGUGAAGUGUUGAAUUGCGCGCGUGCAACGAGCACCCUUCCUUUGUUAUAUUAACCUUUUUUACUGACGACGACAAUUCAUACGCACGCGUACAUAAAUAUAUAUAUAUAUAUAUAUAUAUUAUUAUCUCCAAAUGUAUACAUCCAAAGUACGUAAAAAUAUAAGUAUAAGUUUCAA